GAGAGAGUCCGCAUGUGGCAUGCGCCGACUUCGGCACGUGACGCAACGUUUUCCUCACCUACAUCACGUGACAUUGACAACACCAUGCAACUGAAUAUGUCAAGUGGAGACAUUUCUUUUCUCUGACAGGUCUGCUCCUAAGGCAGUGACAGGAGACCCAGAAGCAAUGGAUGGAUUUCCUGUGAGGAUUACAGAGGCAGUGUGUCUUGGGACCAGCCUUGCCCUCUCAGGCAUUUGCUACUAUCUGUACAGGAAGAGCCGGUCAACAGUAGAUAAACUUGAUGAUGCUCCACAUUUCACCAUAGAUGGGAAACUCAAAGACAUUUUGAAAGUAACUCCAGGAGCGUGUCUACAGUAUGCUGUCAUUGAAGGUGCUGUCCAACCAGUAGGCGAGCCUCUUACGAGUAACUUCCAAAAAGAAUCUGUUGGAGUAUUGCAGAAAUUUAUGUUGAGAGAACACAGGCUGGUGUGGAAUGGCCUUUCAAGCACUUGGACAGACAGUGAGCGAGUCAUGCACCAAAGAGUGAAUGCAGUGCCCUUUGUGUUAGUGGGAUCAGAUGAGACCGCAGUCAAAGUCCUGUGCCCUCUGCAGGCCUCGGGAGUGCAUAUGGAGAUUACCCACGAGAAGUUUCACCAGGUUAACUAUGGCUUGGGUGACAUCGUAGGACAAUACCUCAGUGGGGAGAAGCUUAAAGGGCAACUGGAGACUGAGGAAAUGCUCAAAGUGGGUGCAACUCUCACAGGUGUAGGUGAGUUGAUACUGGACACAGAUGGCACCCUGAAUCUUCGACCCCCUUCUAAUAGUGCACAGUACUUCUUGAGCAUCAUGGACUUUGACACCCUGCGACGAGAUCAAGAGAAUGUGGUUGUUUGGUGGAAGGCGCUAGCCAUUGCCUCCGCUUUGGCCGGGGCAGUGGUCCUCCUCUGGGUCGGUCGACGCUACUACUACCACCUAAAAGAUCGGUGGGAGCGGGAGCAGGAGAGAAGGGAAUUUGAGAGACUGCAGGCUGAAGCCCCAAGAGCGCGUGCUGCUGUAGCGGGCCCUGAGGCCCUUCAAGAGGUAGUCGAGGAUCAAAUAGAGAAUGCAUGUGUGAUUUGCCUCUGUCGGCCACGUAACUGUAUUCUCCUGGACUGUGGGCACGUGUGCUGUUGCCACAGCUGCUACCAGGCCCUUCCACAGCGCCGAUGUCCCAUUUGUAGGCAGAACAUCAGCAGAGUUGUGCCGCUCUACCACGUCUGAGGCACCUGUGUGACCAUAUGACCUCAGUGGAACUUAACCACCGUACAAACUGUACCAGCUUUGCACCUAAAAGGUCUAAACUGCUGCACUUAAACCUAAAAAGGGCAAAAAUAACUCUUUGAAAAUCCCAUUGCUAACAAGAAUAUAGAUUUUCUUUUAAGAACAUACUGUAUGUAUUGAUAAAAUGUGAAUUAUAAGGAUACUGAGCAAAGGCUUGGUUCACUACAGAGUUUCAGUGAGGUACUUUUAUCUGGAAUUGUUAGAAAUACAGGAAAAUGAAGUAAUUAGGAAAACGAUGUAUAUUUAUGCAAUAGAAUUGUUUAUUUUCCUACAUGUUUUUUAUGUGCCUUAAUCUGGUAAUUUAUAUGGCUGAGGCUGUCUCAGAGUGAUUGUAUUGUAUGUAUCUGAAUAACUUCAGGCUGUAAUGAGGAGCUAAGCUUUUGUUUCAGCCAAUUUCAGUUACCUAUUUCAGUUAGAGGAAGUUACUGGAACAAGAUACAUCUAGUGCCAAGACAAAGCUUUUGUGUUAAAGGGGCUUUAUGUAAGUUUGUCCUAUCGCUACACAGCCAACGUUCAGCAUCAAACUUCAUUCCAUUACUCGCCAAGAGCUGUCUCCAGUGGUGGAAAGCUACGCCAGUGUUAACUCUUGUAUUGCUUCUAUUUCUAUCACUUUUUUUCUUCUACUGAAGUUAGCAUGCUAACCAUCUAGCCCCGGCCCAUCCCUUCUUGUAAUACCACUUUGCGAUAGAUAGUCACUGUAGCGUCCAGUCCUCACUUCAGCAUGAGAGGAUGAAGAAGAAGCGCUGUCCAGAGGGCGUAUUCUAACCUCUUCUUGCAAACGCAACGAUGGCGAAGCUUUUGGUAAGUAAACAGAUGUUAAUGCUAACGUUGACUAUGUAACGAUAGGAAAAACUGACAUAUAGCACCUUUAAGGUGUAAUUAAUGCACUACAGACAGGCAAGAGUGUGUAAAAUGUUGGUUUGUUGAAACAAAUUCAGUAAAGCAUCACUCUUUAAAAUCA